AGCCAAAAUCGUGACGAACUGAAUGGUCUCUCAAAAAUACAAGGAAGUGGACAUUUAUUGAAAAGGAAAACAUAUCUGUAGAUAGGAAACGUUCCUACUUUAAAGUUACUUCAAUUGUUCAUGUUUCGGGGGGUAUAGUCGUUUUGGACUUGCCCAAAGCCCGCCGCGGUUCGUUUUGUGGAUCCACAUUCAAGCUAGCAAUGAACAUUGACGUAGAAUUUCACAUUAGGCAGAAUUAUCCGUGGAACAAGCUACCAGCAAAUGUAAAACAGAGUCUUGGGAACUCACAGCGUGAAUAUGAGAAGCAUGUCCUGCUGUACAGCAUCCGCAACCAACUACGGUUCCGCAAUAACCUAGUGAGUCACGUGAGGAAGGAUCAGAAGUCCUACUAUGAAGAGCUGCUGAAGUUCAGCCGAGAGCAUCUGAUGCUGUACCCCUACCACCUGUCAGACAUCAUGGUCAAGGGGCUGCGCAUCACCCCUUUCUCCUACUACAUCAGCAUUAUGGAGGACAUCAUGAACGUUGAGAAAAGUUACGACUCACUGCCAAACUUCACAGCUGCUGACUGUCUAAGGCUUCUGGGUAUCGGGAGAAACCAGUACAUUGACCUCAUGAACCAGUGCAGGUCUUCCAAAAAAUUCUUUCGUAGGAAAACGGCGCGGGACCUGCUUCCCUCCAAGCCGGUGGAGAUCUCGGUGGAGCCGUGGUGGGUGGCUCAGACAGGAUACCUCACAGAGGACGACAUGAGGAUCUGCUCGACAGCAGAGAAAAAGGCAAUUGAUAAGAUAAUAGAUUUUGGACCCCAGCUGGCCGGAUCGAUGGAGUACAAUGUGGUCCUGAGCCUGUAUAACAGAGGAUACAUCUAUCUAGACGUUCCCAUCUCUGAUGACAGCUGCAUCUCAGUGCCUCCUCUGGAAGGGUUUGUAAUGAACCGGGUCCAGGGAGACUACUUUGAAACCCUUCUCUAUAAAAUAUUUGUGUCCAUUGAUGAGCAGACCAACGUCUCAGAGCUGGCCAAUGUUCUGGAGAUUGACCUGGGUCUGGUGAAGAAUGCCGUGUCCAUGUACUGUCGGCUGGGUUUUGCCGUGAAGAAGGGUGGAUCCUUCAGCUCUGAGCAGGUCCACGCCUCGUGGAAGAACGCCCCCUCUUUCAACAGGCUCAGAACCACUGUGGACCCCAAACAGAUGCUGCUGUCAUGGGAACAGGGGAGUCCAGUGAUGGAGGCUGGGUCAUCGGCUACUGACACAGACACUACCAGCCUGGAAGACCAAGACAACGCCAGUGUGUCCAGCCUCAGUAUCCCAGGUCCUGUAGCUCCACCCACCAAGAGGAUCGCGUUCCUGUUUGACUCCACCCUCACAGCCUUCCUCAUGAUGGGAAAUCUCUCCCCGAACCUUAAGAGUCAUGCAGUCACCAUGUUUGAGGUGGGCAAGCUGUCAGAUGAAACCCUUGAUAGUUUUCUGAUGGAACUGGAGAAAGUGGAGAGCACGGCAGAGGGUGAGGCCCAGAGGUAUUUCGACCACGCUCUGACCCUCAGGAACACCAUUCUGUUUCUCCGCUACAACAAGGAGCUGAUCACGGAUCAGGGACUAGACCAGCCUAACAAUGGCUUCCCUCUGGACAUGCUUCGCUGUGAGAGUUUGUUGGGUCUGGAUCAGGCCACCUGCAGCCGUGUUCUCAACAAGAACUACAAGCUGCUGGUCUCUAUGGCACCGCUCAGCAAUGAAAUACGACCAAUCAGCAGCUGCACGCCUCAGCACAUCGGUCCAGCCAUCCCAGAGGUCAGCUCCAUUUGGUUCAAACUCUUCCUAUAUCAUGUGACUGGUCAGGGCCCUCCCUCUCUGUUGCUCUCCAAAGGCUCCCGUCUACGCAAAUUACCGGACAUCUUCCAGGUCUACGAUAGGUUGCUGAUAACUUCCUGGGGUCAUGACCCCGGUGUUGUCCCGACAUCCAAUGUCCUGACCAUGCUCAACGAUGCCCUCACACACUCUGCUGUACUCAUACAGGGCCACGGCCUACACGGUCACGGAGAAAUGGUUCAUGUUCCAUUCCCAUUCGACGAGGAUGACCUCCAAGGAGAGUUCUCCUGCUCCAACAUGUGUGUCCACAAGGCCCUGCUGCUGCUGAGGGAGAAGCUGGACUUGGAGCAUCAGUGUGGCUACAUCACCAUGCUGAACCCGUAUAACCGACACCGGAGGAGGGCCAGCAGGAGCUCCGAUGGCAGGGGGGACACUCACCUGGGUGGUGGUUUCGAUGCCAAUGGGAGCACUGAGUCCUUUGAGCUGGUCACCGAGGACAACAAUGGAGAUGGAAAAGGAAAACAGCCAGCAGAAGUGCUGUCGACAGAAGAUGAGUGGGUCCCUCUAGAACUGUGCUUUGGGAUGCCCCUGUUCAGCUCUGAGCUCAACCGCAAGAUAUGUGGAAAGAUCGCCUCCCAUGGGCUCUUCAGCAAAGACAGCCUUCAAGACCUACUGCAUUCCAGCCGAAAACUGUCACUGAAGGUUCUGAGUUUUGUUCAGGAGUUCCAGGAUGGCAGCCAGGGUCAGCCCGACCCUGACAGCGGGGUGUCCGGUCCUCUCAGCCAACCUCCGGCCGAGUCCGGCGUACCGCUACCUGCCCUCAACCUGCUCUUUAAGGACGGCCAGCUGAGGGAGUGGAGCGGCCGAGCCCCACCACCUCUCCAGAUCUCACCCUUGCAGAAAGAGCUGGCCUAAUGCAGUCAUGUGAAGAAGUCAGUGAUUCUGUGCAGUGCGACUGCAAUGUAGUCGACCCAAAAUGCGCACCAAACCACAUAACCGCACCCAUGACCCCAGCCUGACCUCAGCCUGACCCCGUGGAACCUUGAGGGUGUCUGGGAAAUAGAAAACUAUCAAAGAUGUUGGACAACGCUGUAACACUGACCUGAGUUCAGUUGGAGUUCCCAUCCCCUUCUGAUGUAUGUCUAGUGGGUAAUGCGUUUGGUGGAUGAUGGCUUUUUUCUAAAACUCUUUCAGUGUUAAAAAAUAAUUUACAAAUAACCUUGUUUUUUGUUUUCUUGUUGACCUGUAAAUGUUUCUGAUGGACUUUGCCUGGAAUGGGUUGAUAACCCAUGUUGAGCGAUGCAUCGCAGGGUCAUCUGACCCAGUCUGUAGUCCCAGAGGACCUUUGUGUCCUUCCCCUGAACCGCAACCCUGUUGCUCCCUCCCCCUGUUGUGUAAUGUCAAGUUGCCCUGCCCACCCAAUGCAUGAUGCCUCUGCACAAAUUAUUCCAGAAGACACCUACUUCCUCUUUAAUAAAUAGUUAUUGUCAUGACGAUGGGAUGUGUGGGGGGGGGGGGUGAAUGGAACAGUGAGUAUGCCUGGUUUGGGUGGUCUGCGUGGUCAUUCAGGAUGUUGACAUAGGCUUGUUGCUUAUAGUUAUGCUGAUUUCACAAGGUGCGCUUUACUUGGUCCGCCAGUAGGGGGUGGUGUUUUCCUAUUGUUUUUUGGUGGACGUCAGAUCAGAGAGCUUGACCUGAGCUACCUAAAGCCCUGGGGUUUCAUGCAACACAUUUGUUUUUUUAUUUGACUGAGGGAGGAGCAAAGACCAUAUUUAUUUUUAUGUUAGCUAAAACUUUUUUGUGUCUUUUUUUUUUUCGAUGACCAAUGAUACACAUUGCCCUGUGGUUCCCAGUAGAUAACUAGUGUCCCCAUGUCCCCAGCUCUGUCCUAGUGUCCCCAUGUCCCCAGCUCUGUCCUAGUGUCCCCAUGUCCCCAGCUCUGUCCUAGUGUCCCCAUGUCCGCAGCUUUGUUCCCGACACUCCCACCUCUCCUGUCUAAGGAUCAGGUUCUCCCCACCAAACCCAGCUUUCCCUCCUACUGAGGAACCCCAGACCCAGCAUCCAGGGAGCAUUCCCCUACACCAGGCCCUGGUCCUAUUGAGAUCUUCUACACUAACGGCUAUCGUUACCCAGUGACGGCUUCCAAACCAGUUGUGUGAAUAGAGGACGAUGGCCUGGAGAACCACAUGGUCUGAGAUUGCACUUUUGGUAUUCCUUCUUGGUUAAGCACAGCUAAGUUACUCUUUAGACAAAUGAAUACAUUUUCAACCCUGGUCUGCUUGGGUGAUCCUGAGGGUGCUAAGCCAAUUCCCUCCGAUAGCACCACAUCAAAAUCAUAGCAGGGAUUACAUUUAGAUUUUAAAUUAGUUACUUGAUUUUAAUCCAUGAGGCUCCUUAGAGUACAUCAACAUCCUUGCCCCUAGUCGUACACAGCGGUUCCCCCAGUCGUACACAGCGGUUCCCCCAGUCGUACACAGCGGUUCCCCCAGUCGUACACAGCGGUUCCACCAGUCGUACACAGCGGUUCCCCCAGUCGUACACAGCGGUUCCCCCAGUCGUACACAGCGGUUCCCCCAGUCGUACACAGCGGUUCCCCCAGUCGUACACAGCGGUUCCCCCAGUCGUACACAGCGGUUCCCCCAGUCGUACACCACGGUGCCCCCAGUCGUACACAGCGGUGCCCCCAGUCAUACACAGCGGUGCCCCCAGUCGUACACCACGGUGCCCCCAGUCGUACACAGCGGUUCCCCCAGUCGUACACAGCGGUUCCCCCAGUCGUACACAGCGGUUCCCCCAGUCGUACACAGCGGUGCCCCCAGUCGUACACAGCGGUGCCCCCAGUCGUACACAGCGGUGCCCCCAGUCGUACACAGCGGUGCCCCCAGUCGUACACAGCGGUGCCCCCAGUCGUACACAGCGGUGCCCCCAGUCAUACACAGCGGUUCUCUCAGGUCAUACACAGCGGUUCCCCCAGUCGUACACAGCGGUUCCCCCAGUCGUACACAGCGGUGCCCCCAGGUUGUACCCUCGGUCAAGUACUCUUUCUUCCUUUUCCAGUCUCCUCCCCAUUUUGGUCUUUUUAAUUUCCUUUUUUGAUGUUGAAAAAGAAAAAGAUCAACAAGAGAUCCUGGUGAAGCAUGACUGUGUGUGUCUGUGUGUGUCUUUAUGACAUUCCCAAUUCUUUGCCCCAGCUAAUACUUCCUGGUAUUAUUGACCCCUAUUUUCUAAAACUAGUCUCCUGUUCAUGGAUGGAUUUAGCAAUUUUUUUCCGUUGGGAAGGUUUUUCCAUCAGUGUUACUAACCAAUAGUUUUAGAGUGUCCACCUUCUGGUCGCUUGUUUCAUAGGACUGAAUAAAAAAUGAAAUGCUCUUGUUAUUGAUUAAGUGGGUAAAACAUGACAUUCCUUGACACACAUCUUCACCCUCCUGACAUGUGUUAUUAUUACAAAAUCAAUAUGUAAAAAGUAUAUGAAAAUAUAAAUAAAUAUGUAUUAAUAAAAAAUAUACUAUCCCCCUCCCCCAAACUAAUGUGUUUUUGGUUUUGAAUCUGUAAAUAUCUUGUUCUGGUUGUGGGUUUCUCUGUAAAGAAAAGUUUUUUCUGGUUUUGGGUCUUUCUGUAAAUAUUGUUUUCAUUGUAGGCCUUUUUGUAAAAAAAAAAGGUGUUUCUUGUUGUGGGUCUGUUUGUCAAUAUGUAUUUCUAGCUGUGGGUCUCUGUAAAUUUAUGUUUCUGUUUGUGGGUGUUAGUAAAUAUCUGUUUCUGGUU